AUGGAGUAUGGCCGCGCAUCAAAACUCGAAGACGCCAAAGCUACUUCGGGUCCUGGUAGAGAAUUAGUCGACAAGCAGACUGUUGUGGUGGAGGAAUAUGGAGCUGUUGACGCUUCAACGUUUCCUAAACUCAGUAUCUCCCCGGGAUCUCCUUUCCCUGAUGACAUAAAGCUCAUGCGUGAGCACCUGCAUCGUCACCAGGCUUUACCAAGGCUCCAAACCCAACCGAUCGAACCGCAAGGUGCCACAUUUCUGAACUGCGCUGGCAGUGGAUCCUCCGUCAGCCCAACCAGCGAUUCAGGAUGGUCAGUACUCACUCCUACCGAGGCCGAGGCUGUGAUGUGCCAAAAGACGAACGAUUUGCCCAACGAAAAAGAUCUUGUGGACGAUGCAGCCGAAGGCGGCAACGCGGUGGAGAAGGAGACAACUAAGGAAGGUACCGAGUACGAUGACGAUUAG